CUAAGAACCUAGUCUACUCUCACUGUCAUACAUACAGUUGCAUACUGAUAUCAACACCGCAAUCAUGCCGUCCCUUCGGCUCCCUCCCCUCCUUCUACCGUGUCUCGUUCUGAUCGUGCUCUGGGCCCGCCCCACCCAUGCGUUUGGUGCUGGUAAUAUUGCUUCGACUUCCAAAGUCGAGGGCCAGAACUGGCGUCAUGGAGAUAUCGAGGACACUCUACUCACCAUUCUCAUGUCCCGCGCCACUGGCAAGAAGUUCAGCAAGAUGGAUGUUAAGCGCGUCUACUUUGGAAACUGGCUGCGAGACUACUCUCAGGCUGUAGACGUCGGAACCGUCAAGAUGGUCAGCGCGGAGGCCAUCCGUAUCCUGCUCUGGGUUUUGGGCUUUUUGAGCUUUGGCUAUGGCACCAAGGAGUUUGAGGUCACGCGGGACAGGCUUGGUUGCUACCGUCCCGAAGAGCACAUCGACAACCCUAAGGACUACGCCGACAACCUCGACGCCCGCCAAUAUGACCGCCGCCUUCGAGGCCCUGUCGAUGAGCGACGAGAACUGGGAAUUGACCCUCGCACCGGUCUGAAAAACUACAUUGCUUCGGAAGAUAUGGGCAUCACAACCUCAGCGGGAUUGGUCCGCAACCUGUUUGGGCGAUGCAUUGACCUCGGUCGACGAUACAACCGCAAUCGAAACAAGGCAGAUCUGUAUGAAGCUCUGAGACUUCUUGGAACUGGAUGUCAUUGCUUGGAAGAUUACUCUGCUCACUCCAACUAUACCGAGCUCGCUCUCAUCGAGAUGGGCGAGCGAGACGUCUUUCCCCAUGUUGGCCGUGCCACGCAAGUUCGCGUGCAAGGCGCUCGUGGUCCUGUCUGGCCUAUCAUCACCGGCACUUUUGGAGGUGUCGACUUCCUUCACUCCGUAUGCGGAGAAUUCUCAGACAAGGCCACUCAGUCCGAGAUGCAAGAACUAGAAGGGACUAUCCAGGACUCGUCUCGAAAGGGGGACAAAAGCAUCAUCAAGGACCUCUUGAGUCAGCUUCCCAGUGGCCUCUUUGGGGAUAAGGACCAAGCCGGCAAAGCCGACGAACUCGAACAGAAUGCCCAGUCUGCUCAAAUGCAAAACAUGACCAUCACUCCAAAAGAGCCCGAAGAGUUUACCCAGCAGCUGGAUGAAAUUGUCAAGCAGAUCUACCCUAUCAUGGAGUGGCACGACGAGAUUAUGCAGUCUAUCAACGAAUUCAUUGAGUCGGUUCCCAUCCUUCCAGACCUGAUCGAGCAACUGCAAGAUCAGAUCAACAUCUUUGUGUUCUCCCUCUUGGCCCCAUUCGUCCUUCCAAUCAUCUCACAGGUGAAAACGGAGCUUGAAACUGGCUCCUCAGAAGUCAUCGCCUCCUCCCGCGACAAGCAGCUCAUCGUAUUCAACGACGACCAUUCCAGCGACCCGACCCACUCCAUGAUUUCCAAGGAUCAUUUCAGCAACGUCCUCAACGAGCCCGCUGGUAAGGUCGCCUCGCAGGUUCUCAAGUGGGUCGUCCCUCAGAUUGUAAACUGUUGGGAUGACGAGCGUGCCGACGCGAACCGCACUAUCCAGCGUAUCAUCACUGGCGUUUUCCACCACCCUGCCCUCCGUCAAUAUGGCGACGACGGUGCUUCCGAGUGCCGUGGGCUUAUGUUCAACGUUAUGGAGAGGUGGUGGGGCGAGAUGAGCGAGCGCGAAAAGGACGAUUUGCGUGACAAGCUUAGCAGGGACGGUGUCGAGCAGGGCCGAAACCACAAAGAGGGUGUGCACGACAAGGGUCACGGUUGCGGCAAGCCUCUUGGGAUGGCCAACGAUUUCUCUGGCGCUGGGGUGGGAGGUGGCCUCGGGGGUGUACUUAGCGGCGUUCUCGGCGGCGGCACGCCCUCCUCGGGUGGCUAUGGCGGGGGGAAAUCCGGCAAGAAUGAACCUUUCCACGAAGUCGGCAACUUCGCUAGCGACGCCGUUGGAGGCGGUGCACUCGGUGGCAUCGUGGGCGGUCUGGUCGGCGGCAUUGGUGGAUCCCUCUUGAGCGGUGCGAUGGGUGGAGGUGGAGGGGACGACGAAGAUGAGUACAAACCUAAGAAGGGGAAGAAGUACAAGGCCGAGUACGACGAACCGUAUGGCGGAGGCCACACGACGCAGUAUACCGAAACGUCGAACCAAGGCAACCGAUACGGCCAAGCUGAGUACAAAAAGACCGAGUAUGAAAGCGGUGACCGACGCGAAGAAUAUUCUAGCUACCAGCAGCAAGGCCGAUCAGGCCAAGGCCAUUCGGGGGGCUAUGAGUCCCGCGUCGAGACGACGACUAGCUAUGGAGGCGGAGGAUACGAGGAGGAGCGGAGAUCGAAGAACUAUGAUGAGGGCUCGGAAGAUGACGAGGAGAAGCGGAAAAAGAAAGAGCGCAAGGCCCGUGAGAAGGCAGAGAAGAAGGCCCGUAAGCACCACGGGGGUUAUGAUAACGACGAAGAUGAGGACAGUGAGGAUGAUAGCGAGAAGUACAAGGAGAAGCAUCAUAAGCACCGCUCUGGAUCAGGCGAGCACCGCUCUGGAUCAGGCGAGCAUCGCCGUUCCAGUAGGUCUCGCGAGCGAGAGUCUCAGGGCUACGGGUACGGGGAAGAGCGGAGAUACGGAGGGGGGCAGCAGCAGUCCUAUGGUGAGCAGCGUGAGAAUGUGGGUUAUGGCGAAGAGCGCCAGUACGGUCAAGAGCGCCAAUAUGGUCAGGAGAGUCGGGGUUAUGGUGGUGGGGGAGAUCAGUAUGCAGGUGACCAGUAUGGAGGCGGCCAGUACGGAGGCGGCUACCAGCAGGAAGAACGUAUGCCAGGUGGCUUUGGUGGAGACGAGUAUGGCGAGCGACAAGAGCGACGCCGCGAUGACGAGUACGGCGAGUCUCAGCAGCAGUACGGGCAGCCUCGACGUGGUUGGGGAGAGGGUUACUAGUCGUUACUCGGGUCGCUGAAGGUUGGGUAUUCCCCUGGUUGGAGUCUCAACUGGCUGUGGCAUAGUGUGCUAGUCGAGAUUCCUAGUCGGCCUCUUCCCUAUGAAUAGCAAGCGAAAAUGAAUUGAAUUAGUAUCAUCAAA